AUGCCGGACACACUGCCGCCCGAGGCGGAGCUCUUCCGGGACUUCCUGCGCAUUCGGAGCGUCAGUGGCGAGGGCCCGCAAGGCUCCUACGCGGAGGCCGUCGCAUGGCUUGCUGCCCAGUGUCGGCGCAUGGGCCUCGCGACGAAGCAGGUGGAGCCCGUGAAGGGAAAGCCGAUUCUACUGGCCACUUGGGCCGGUAGCGACGACAGCUUACCUUGCCUGCUGCUCAACUCGCACUAUGAUGUCGUACCUGCCAUGACCGAAAGCUGGUCCGUGGACCCUUGGGCCGCGGAGGUUGUUGACGGUCGCAUCUAUGGGCGUGGUACGCAAGACAUGAAGUCCGUCUGUGUCCAGUACCUUUUCGCGAUCGAACGAUUGCGAAAGAGAGGAUUUGUCCCUCUCCGGACCAUUCAUGUGAGCUUCGUGCCGGAUGAAGAGAUUGGUGGCGUGGAGGGUAUGGGAGAGCUCUUGAAGACCCCCGAAUUCAAUGCUCUGGGCGAAAUUGGGCUGGCACUGGACGAGGGCCUCUCCAACCCUGGAGACGCCUUCACAGUGUUCUACGGUGAGAGAACUCCUUGGUGGUUGCUGGUGCGAGCGACCGGACCGACAGGACAUGGCAGCCGGUUUAUCAAGAACACGGCGCCACAGAAGCUCCUCCGCUUCGCGGAGCGCGCGCUCGCCUUUCGCAAGGCCCAGGAGGAUUCUUUGGGUCACGGGAGCAACGGCUGCAAGCACGGAACAGCCAAGAAAUUGGGUGAUGUCACAACCGUGAACUUGACGAUGCUCCGAUGUGGUGUAAGCAAUGACAAUGGGAAGACUUUCUGCCUCAACGUGAUCCCCACGGAGGCGGAGGCUGGUUUCGACGUUCGCAUCACGCCCGACCUGAAGCCCAAGGACUUCAAGAACUUACUGGACCAGUGGUGCAAGGAGGACGAAGGUAUCACUUGGCAGAUAGCACCGUGGACACGGGCUCUUCAAGAGCACCACACAACUGCUACAGACGAGUCGAAUCCCUGGUGGGUGGCUUUUCGCGACGCCAUGUCGUCGAUGUCCUUCGAUAUUGAGCCUGAGGUCUUUCCGGCUGCCACCGACUCGCGUUUUCUGCGUGAGUUGGGAAUCCCGGCCUUGGGCUUCUCACCGAUGAGGCGCUGCCCCAUCUUGCUGCAUGAGCAUAACGAGUACCUUCCGGUGGACGUCUUCAUGUCAGGCAUCGACGUCUAUGUCGGCCUCAUUGAUGCGCUGGCAUCUAAGCAGAAGCUUCAAGGCGAGGAUGAG